AUGGCGGACUCUAUCAGUGCAAAGAGGGCAAAGAGAUCGAUCCAGGAUGAUGUCUCCGACGACGACGACGCCGCCGCCGCAAGAGAAGCCUUCAAGAAUAUGAACGACUCUACCCGGCCAGAGAAAUUUAAGGAUUUUGUCGAACGCAGGGAAAAAUUGAAAGAGAUACAUGCUGACAUUGUCAAGGAGGAACACCUGUUUGUUGAGGAGAGAAAGAAAUGGGUGGCGGAUAACCGGAAUCUCUAUAGUGACAUGAAUCAGUUUUUUGUCGAAAGAUGUCAAUGGGAAACUGAGUUUAAGGAAAACCACUUAAAGCCUCUCUAUGAAGAGAGAUGUAAUGUUGCUAAAGGAAUCCCUAGCUUUUGGCAUACUGCAAUGAUUGCUAACAAGAUGGUUUCUAAGCAGAUUGCAGAGAAAGAUAAGGAGGCUCUGAACUUUCUGAAUGAUAUCGAGUCCCGUAGGACAGCAGAUUUGAAAGGAUUUGAGCUGGAGUUCACCUUUGACGAUCGUAAUCCUUAUUUUAAGAAUAAGGUCUUGACUAAAAAGUAUGAGGUGAAGGAUGACAACCAGUCUGUUUCAUUGAAGGCAUUAGGGACUAAAAUAGACUGGUAUCCUUCUCAAAACUUAGCACAGGGUAAAAGCAGUGAAAGUUUCUUCAAGUUCUUUAAUUCAUAUGCUUCUCUCGAUCCUCUUUCUUUUGACAAAGAAGCUGAUGAACUCAAAGGCGACAUUCCGAUGGAUUAUGUAAUUGGGUAGAUGAAUAUUUUCUUUUGCAUUAGAUGUCUAAUCCUCACAGUAAAUCAAUAAAGUGACUUGAAUGCUUACUUUUUCGUUAGAUGCUUAAGCCCUGAAAAUUGUUUAAGGAUGAGAAUCUUUAUGAUGUACGUAUAUUUAUUGUUAUCUGAAUGACAUAUUGCUGUUAUGAUUUGUAGAACCAAGGUUCGAGACAAGAUCAUUCCGCAUGCUAUAUCAUGGUAUAAAUUUGCAGAGAAGGAUGAUAGUGAUUAUGAUGAUAGUGAUGGCGAAUGUGAGCGUUGCUCAAGGUGGUAGAUAUGGAAGAGUCGUAGAGGCUUCUUGAGAGAGUCCUUCUCCUUCAUUUUUUGGCAUGCUGACGUAAGUCACUUGGUUGAUUCUUCUACUUUUGUAAAUCGAGUUUCACGAAUCAUUCAUGGAAUUACUUUUGUUGAUCUUGUGAUCAGGCCAUACUCUAGGGCUUGGGUUCAUGUUUAUCUUUUCAUUACCAAUUAUUUCAAUCAUGGCUUAAAGCUUAUGUUUUCAUGUUUAGCCCAAUCAUGGC